AUGAGACCCGACUGCGAGGAUAUCCGAGAGCACUUGUGGGUGAACAAGUCUGACAUUACGCUCCUCCCGGAGACGCAGACAAUCUUCGGCGUCAUCUACUCGGUGUUUAUUACAUUCGGAGUAGUCGGCAACCUCCUCGUCAUCCUCUCCGUACUCCAAAAUAAAUCGUUGCAAUCGGUUAGGAAUGUUUUUAUCGUAUCCCUCUCCUGCUCGGACAUUGUCGUCUCAGUGGUCUCCGGCUCGAUCACGCCGAUUACAGCCUUUUCAAAGAUUUGGCUGUUCGGCGCCCAGCUGUGCUAUUUGGUGCCCUUGAUACAGGGUACUUCUCUAUGCUUUUCCACCCUGACGUUAAUGGCCAUUUCGAUAGAUCGGUUUUUCCUAAUCAUAUUCCCAACAAAAAGGCAUAUCCGAAUGUCAACAGCGAUGAAGCUGGUAGCCUUCAAUGCCGGUCUAGCCAUGUCCAUAUCUUUCCCCAUGUUUAUCAAGCAAAGAUUGGUCAUCUACGAGAACUUCUGCGGGGAGAUCUGCACUGAAGAUUGGGAGGACAACGAGCAGCUGAGGACCGUAUACGGCACUGUCGUCUUUGUCAUCCAGUUCAUCUUCCCGCUCGUGAUCAUCACCUUUUGCUACUCGAUGAUAUCGAUCAAGCUCAGCAAGGGCGUUCUCGUCCGAGCAGAAGAAGGAAUUCUCACGGAGCAGCGCAAAAAUGCCAUGAAAAGGCGGUUACGAACAAACCGGAUGUUGAUUGCCAUGGUCGGCGUCUUCUUCUGCUGUUGGAUGCCGGCAGUGGCGUUCAACUUCUUGAGAGACUACAACUGGUUGCCGCGCUUCAUCGUGAAGCAGAUCUACUUCUACGGCAUUGUGACGCACUGUAUUUCGAUGAGCUCAACAGUCUGGAACCCCAUCCUGUACGCCCUCCUCAACGAGCAGUUCCGGAUCGCGUUCAGCAACCUUCUACGGUCUUGCCGAAAUCGCGACAACUCCAUGAAGGGGCAUCUGACCAGGAGUACUAUGAUGUUAGCCAAUGUCUGCAAGCAGCAAACAUUCGUCACCGGGACCUCGUUCGUCCGGCGGAACUGCUCGCAGUCGUCGAUACCCCUCAAGACAGAUGCUUCGGAUGAGCUGCUAAACCCGACCACAAGAUCGAUGAGCCCAAGGGUCGAGCGGCAACGCUCGACGAACUCGCUGAACAUCUCCUAUCCCUCGUACACAGAU